UCCAAUCGCAAAUGGGAUUGGACCACCCGGAAUCAAAGAGUGAAUGAGUGAGUGAGUGGAGUUUGGGUGGGUUCAGGCGUUUACAGUAGUUCAGUCAUGUACGCCCAUUAUAUCAGCAUCUGACCAGCAGCCCCCAAACACAAACACUCAUACACACUUCUCAUGAGAGCAGCUUCAUUUGCCUUUGCCAUACACAGCCUUUUAUUCAAACAUUAAGGCUCGUCGUCAUCCUGGACGUCUCAUGAUGUUUGACAACUCACAGUAUCCUUAUAACUGUUUUAACUAUGAUGGAGAUGGAUACCCCACAUGUGGCACUGAUGAAGAAAAGAAAGUGUGCCGACCGGCUUACAGUUACAUUGCACUAAUAGCAAUGGCAAUACAGCAGAGCCCAGAGAACAAAGUUACCCUAUCGGGAAUCUACGAGUUCAUCAUGAAGAGAUUUCCUUAUUACAGAUCCAACCAGAGGGCUUGGCAAAACUCCAUUCGUCAUAACCUCUCUCUAAACAGCUGCUUUAUAAAGGUGCCCCGCACAGAAGGUAACGAGAAAGGAAAAGGUAAUUACUGGACGUUUGCCACAGGCUGCGAGUCGAUGCUGGACCUCUUUGAAAAUGGCAACUUCCGACGUCGCCGCCGCAGACGCAACUUAAAACUGGGCCUCAAGGAGCCAGCUGAACCCUUUGUUGCCAUGGACACACAUCAGGGACCUGCAGUAAGAGCCACGGAUUCAGAUACUUUCUGCCCAAUGAACACUACUCACAGACCGGCCCGCAUCAACCAGUCCCUCGGCAAACCCGAACCCGAGAUCAAAUUCAGCAUUGACUACAUUCUCUCCACACCGGACCCUCUGCCGGGCAUCAGGGCCGCUAACAGUGUGACUGGAGCCAUGAUCCACCAUCUGGAACCACAGCAUCUUAAUCUGCACUUCUGGACCAUGUAACCAAAACUGAACUUUUCAGUCUGAGAGAAUCUACAAUGCAAAUCAGUAAAUACAAUAAUGCUUUAAAAACAAGAACCCCUUAAAGCUUCUAUAGCGGCCCAAAAACUCUUUUAAGAUUUCCCAUAAUGCAACUUUGCU